AUGGCAGACUCUAAUCCAAACGUCGCCCAACUCCCCUCGGGCGCCUUUGAUGGCCCUGGCAAUCAGAAUCAGGGAGGACCGCCAAUGGGGCCUCCUUCCUUGCCACCAGUCAUUAUCCCCCAAAACACCAACCCAAUUCCCACCGCGAUCACGUCGCCCAUGUCGGCUUCUGUUACCUCUCCCACCUCUGCUGGUGGGUUUGUUCGCAGGGCUGCCCCGGAACCUAACAAGCGUGCUCUCUAUGUUGGGGGGUUGGAUCCCCGCGUAACAGACGAUAUCCUUCGUCAGAUCUUCGAGACAACCGGUCAUGUCGUCAGCGUAAAGAUAAUACCGGACAAAAACGCAAAGGGGUUCAAUUAUGGUUUUGUAGAGUACGAUGAUCCUGGUGCUGCCGAGCGGGCAAUGCAAACCUUGAACGGUCGUCGUGUACACCAAUCCGAAAUAAGAGUCAACUGGGCAUACCAGUCCAGCCAGGCUGCCAAGGAGGAUACAUCUCAUCAUUUUCACAUCUUUGUUGGAGACUUGUCGAAUGAGGUCAAUGACGAGCUUCUCCAACAAGCCUUCACAACAUUUGGCACAAUCUCCGAAGCCCGCGUCAUGUGGGAUAUGAAAACCGGUCGAUCUCGUGGAUAUGGGUUUGUUGCCUAUCGUGAACGUUCUGAUGCUGAAAAGGCCUUGUCUGCGAUGGACGGAGAGUGGUUGGGAUCUCGUGCUAUCAGGUGUAACUGGGCCAACCAGAAGGGCCAACCAUCUAUCUCCCAACAGAGUCAGAUGGCUCAGAUGGGAAUGACACCCACUACUCCCUUUGGCCACCACCAUUUCCCCACUCAUGGAAUUCAGAGCUAUGAUAUGAUUGUCCAACAGACUCCACAAUGGCAAACCACUGUCUACGUUGGCAACCUGACCCCAUACACCACUCAAAAUGAUCUCCUUCCCUUGUUCCAGAAUUUCGGGUACAUCGUUGAGACCCGAUUCCAGGCAGAUAGAGGGUUUGCUUUCAUCAAGAUGGAUACACACGAAAACGCAGCCAUGGCGAUUUGUCAACUUAGCGGGUACAACGUCAAUGGGAGGCCGCUGAAGUGCAGUUGGGGUAAGGACCGUCCACCAACCGGACAAUUUGACGGGUAUUCCCCUCAGGGAGGUCCGCAGACUCCUCAGUUCCCCAACUCGCCUUUCAGUAAUUUUCCACAGUAUGGUGGACCAGGUGGACCCAUGAGUCCUCAAGGCGGACCAAACUCGGCUAGUGCUCAUCCAACUUCACCAUCUCAGGGUCGUUGGAUGGACGGUAACAACCAAGGCUUCAAUAGUCCUCAUGGCCCUCCACAAGGAUACAAUCAACAAGGUUUCGGUCGUGGGCAAGGUACUGCCGGCCAAGCUGGAAAUCAACCUGGCUGGAACAACAACAAUAACAACAACUCCGGACAAGGAGGAUUCACCGGUAACGGGUUCCAACAAUCCGGGUUCCAACAGCCUCAGCAACAGCAGCAAUAG